AUGGCUAUCUGCGCAAACUCGUGUCUUGUAUCCUUCGAAGCCCUCGAAUCUAAUCCAACCUGGUAAUGACCAGUUAAAAAUGUAUAUUUUAUAAUAUAAUUCAUAUAUGUGUAUAUAUAUAUAUAUAUAUGAUUUUUGGGUAAUUUAUAAAAAUUAUAACACAAUUUAAUGUAUUUUUCUUAUUAACUGUUUAUCAUUAAUAAAAUAAUCUAUUAAAAUAUUAGUAUUAGUAAUUUAAAUGAUAAAAAUAAUAAAUAAAUUGAUAGAAUUGAAAGUUAAAUAAUAAAUUGGCAGUUUAUAAAUAUAUAAUAGUUAUAAUGGUUAAUCCACGUGAGCGUGAAGAGAGAUUAUGGUCGAGUGUUGUAUCUCGUAUCUUGGUUAAUACAAUUUCACAUCCCAUUGAAUAUGCCAAAGUAUUAAUACAAAUAGGACAUGAACCAAUAUUACCUCGUGAAACUAGAACAUUAUUUGGUAAACCAGCUCUAGCAUUGCCAAAUAUUUUUCAAUAUGUGAGAUAUAUAAAAGCUGUUGAUGGUUUUACUGGUUGCUAUCGUGGUCUGGUUCCAAAAUUAUGUGCUUACACUGUCAAUGGUGUUAUUAUGGAAAAAGUCAAUGAUUCAUAUUUAUUUACUAAAAUAUUUCCACAAGUACAAGAUGAUGAUGAAGACAUUGAAGAAUUACCUGAAGAAAAGAGAAAAGCAGCUUAUCGUCGUGAAUUUAUAAAAGAUGCUAUUUGUAAAAUUGCUGGAAUAAUAGCUAGUCAUCCACUGGACGUUGUUGCUAUUAGGAUGAUGGCACAAUUUGUUGGAGGCGAAGAUAAAUACAAAAGUGUAUUAAGUUCAAUUAUUGAAGUAUACAAAGAAAAUGGUAUAAUGGGUUAUUAUUCUGGUUUAGUACCACGAUUGAUAGCAAAUGUAUCAACAUUAGCACUUGUCAGUUAUUCAACUUACCUUAUAAAUAAAUAUUUUGUUCAUGAUCAUGAUACAAUGACAUAUAUAUCAGCAAUGGUAACACUUGUUGCAACAACAGUUACUUAUCCAUUUCUCGUUGUCUACAAUUGUAUGGCUGUAACUGAUUCUGGAUUAGCUGCUGGUUCACCUCCUCACAUGCCAAUUUAUACAUCAUGGAUUGAUUGCUGGAGACAUUUAUCAGCAACAAACCAACUUAAACGUGGUAGCAGUCUUUUGUGGCGUUACUACACUGGUCCAACCGCAAUUAUUAAUGGAAAAUUAGUUAUGCUCAAUAAAACACAAUACUAUUCUUUUUAAAUAUUCAAUUCUGUUUUUUUUUUUUUUUUUUUUUU